UUCAUUUUCAAAACAAACUCAGGUUUCGUCUUUGUGAUAAUAAAUUAAUAUGUAUUUUUACUUAUUACUCCAAUUUAAUCAACGUAAUUUUAUAAGCAGCUUGCCAAUCUUGUGAUAUAAGUAUUCUAAGAAUUCUAGGAUCUUUACAAAUAUCUCAUUGAGGUUAUAACUUUUAUGUAGUUCUAAGGUAUUCACAUUUUUGUGCUGGGUUUUGAUCAAAUCUCAGUCGAUGUCAACUAUUCUCCGUAUUUCCGUAAGUUUAUGUAUUAUAUACCCGGUAUUGUUGUUAGAACAUUGGCACACGUGUUCAAAAUCUGAUAUUUAUUCUUAUCACACCAAGGAGUAUGAACAGACCUGUCGAAGGCAUGGAUAUACUGAGCUAAACGAGUCAGAUUUGGACAUUUCUAUAAGUAAUUCGUACGAGGAUGAAGAUAUGGCGAGUAAUUCAGGAUUGAAUGGAUUAUAUCGGCCCAGAAGUGCAUUGGCCCGAGCCUUGUAUGAGAAACAACGAAAUGACAGACAUCUGCAGGAGUUUGAUCAGAAUGAGUGGUAUCGAGUGGACAAAAGCCGGUUGAGCCCGGAGUUACAACAGAAGUUUGUCCAGCUUGAACCAGACAAUGAAACCAAGGAGUUUCUCGCGUCUUCCAUUGAUAAGUCGUCGUGGGUGUGGACACAGAUCUGGUACCUGCUGGCGAAAGCUGUCCUGAAACACUUUUGGACCAUCACAGAUAUCAACGGAUGGUUAGGCCGAGGUUCCAUGUUCGUACUUUCCGCGGAACAAGCCCACAAACUGCUGAGUUCGGCUAAACGCGGCCCCAACAACACGGGCUCGCUGGUGGACAUCGGCGCGGGGGACGGAGAGGUCAGCCGCCGCUUCGCGCAUCUCUACACCAACAAAUACGCUACGGAAAUAUCCGGCUGCAUGCGCAAGGCACUGAGCAGUAAAGGUUUCACGUUGCUCGACACAGAGGACUGGUGGCGGGAGCAGCGGUUCGACUGCGUGUGCAUGCUGAACCUGCUGGACCGCUGCGUGCGGCCGCGCUCCAUGCUGCAGCAGGCCCGCGCGGCCAUCGCGCCCGACGGCGUGCUGCUGCUGGCGCUCGUAUUGCCGUACAAGCCAUACGUGGAAGUGACGUCAGACCACAAACCCGAAGAGCGUCUCCCGAUCCAAGGCGUCACGUUCGAGGAGCAAGCGGCGUCCUUCGUACAGGUGAUGCGCGACGAGCUGGGCUUCGAGCUGGCGGCGUGGUCGCGCGCGCCCUACCUCUGCGAGGGCGACUUCGCGCAGGCCUACUACUGGCUCGACGACUCCGUCUACGUGUUCACGCCCGUGCGCACUUGAAACGUGUCUCCAUCACAGACUAAACACUGCAUUCGCACGAGGAAUUACUACUCGGUCAAGCUAAGUUUGCACCUCGCGUGGAAUACGUCACACUGACGCUUAGGUACGGUAUGCGAACCGAACUGACAUGACGAGACGACCGCGAGGAGGUGAGCGGGAAAGUGGGAGAGGCACCGCAUUCCAGCGAGGUGUAAACUUAGCGCGACCGAGUUAUAAAAUGAAACACUUUAAAGCAAUACUAAGCUUACCGCGGAGCCUUGAACGUGAAUCCUAUAUAGGUUACUAUAAAUAGAGCACUCCUAAUUCCUACUCGAAGCAAAUACCUACUUAUCGCUAUCCCACUUCAUCUACCAAGCAAGAGCGAUCGGACAGCACUGGAUUUCGACCUCUCGCUCUUAUUUGUAAGUUAAAGUGGGAUAGCUAUAAAUAGGUAUUUGCUUCAAGUAGAUAUUAGGAGCGCCUGAUCCUUUAUUAUAAAAUUCAUGGCGUUGAAACAUUGAUGUUUUAGUUGGGAAAUGGGCAUAGUGGGGAAUGUCGGCAUAUCUCCAGAAACAAGUCAACCAAUCGCGGGUUCCCGCGCGAUAGAAAUCCCCUUAUGACUUUUUGAUCCACAAAAUUGAUCUAAAAGUCGAUACAGCGCAUUUGCUCAAUCUCUGUACUAAAUUGAUAGGUCUAUAAGUACCUAACGCUAUCCUUUUUAAAAUGUUUCAUUAAUUCCUCAUUAAGAGUAUAAUUUAUUUAAUAAUAAAUAAAUAAACUAUAGAUUACCCACCAAAAACAAAUACGAAUAAUUUCCAGUGAAGACGUCAUGGUGAAAGGUCACUUUUCGCGCCUUCCGUAGUUCUAAGCGCUCUCCAACGACUU